GGGGAAUGGUGCUGUGAAAGUGAUAAUCUGAGUCUGUGCAGGUGCAUUAGAUGAAACCCACAGCAAACAAAUGCCAGGGAAAUCAAACGACCGUGACAGAAUUCAUCCUCCUGGGAUUUGGGGAUCUCCCUGGACUUCACGUUCUUCUCUUCCUGCUGUUCCUAGUGAUUUACAUUGUGACCAUGGCUGGGAACAUCCUCAUUGUUGUGCUAGUUGUGACUGAUCAGCACCUGCACACCCCCAUGUACUUCUUCCUGGGGAACUUGUCCUGCUUGGAGACCAGCUACACUUCCACCAUGCUGCCCAGGAUGCUGGACAGUCUCCUGACUGGGGACAGAACCAUUUCUGUUCCCAGCUGCAUCAUACAAUUAUAUUUCUUUGGUUCUCUGGCAGGCACAGAAUGUUGUCUACUAUCUGUGAUGUCUUAUGAUCGGUAUUUAGCUAUAUGCAAACCUCUUCAUUAUGCAGCCCUGAUGAACGGCAGGUUGUGCCUCCAGCUAGCGGUCGGGUCAUGGAUAGGUGGAUUUGUGUCUGUUGCCUUCUUAAUAUCUGUGAUGUCACAAUUAACAUUCUGUGGUCCCAAUGAAAUUGACCAUUUCUUUUGUGAUUUUAGUCCAAUAAUGAAACUGUCCUGCAGUGACACUCACUGGCUGGAGGUUUCAGCUGUCAUACAUUCCUCCCUAUUCACAUUUCCUCCAUUUCUGUUGACCCUUGCAUCUUAUGUUAGUAUCAUCACCACCAUCCUGAGAAUCCCGUCCACCACUGGGAGACAGAAGGCCUUUUCCACCUGCUCUUCCCACCUCAUCGUGGUGACAAUUUUCUAUGGAACCCUCAUCAUUGUGUAUCUACUAUCGGACUCUGAUGCACUGAGGGUCUUGAACAAAGUGUGUUCUGUUUUCUAUGGAGUCCUGACCCCUUUGGUCAACCCCCUCAUCUACAGCCUGAGAAACAAGGAGGUAAAGGAAGCCUUGAGAAAAGCUCUCCUUAGAUUUUUUGUCUUUUACAGGAGUACAGGCAUUUCAAGCUAAUCAUAGAUAUAUGAACCUGCAAACUGACUCAUGCG